AUGCCGCGUCGCAGGAGGGCCCAUCCUGAAGGGGAGUUGGGCCACAGAAGUACCUGGAAAUUCGAUCUGCGCCGAGUGAUGCAUUUCAGGUCACUUCGUUCGUUCAAUGACGUGACGCAAGAAUACAGUCACAGUAAAGAGGAUGGUGAAAGAGUGAGCAAACCCACGUGGGGGAAAUCGAACGUUGGCACAGGGAGGAAAAUUAAUAACCGGCUGAGGAGGACUGGAAAAUACGCGACUGAGAUCACAGCCACUGCUCGUGAACGUAUCUCAUAUUCAUCCGCGUGUGACAGUUCCAUCGUGGACACAGAAUUUUGCGACGGUGUUGCUCAGGACAAAACUAGCGCAAGACUUCGCAUUUCUGGCGCAGGGCCUCCUGGAAGCCUUCUUGUUUCUCACACCAUUCCAGCGAACACAGACCUAUCCAGUAAUACCGACUUGAACAAAGCCACCCAUGCAGAUAUAAUAAGUUCCUUAGGUAUGAACAGAGUGAGCAAAACCGCUUCACAUGUAGACCUAAAGAGAGAAAUAUUUAAACAACAAAACAAGCAAACGAUUGAGAAGAACGAGACCGGAUUGCCGGGAAAACCGACGCAUGACAGCGUGGGAUUUGACCUAGCUGGCGGCCCAUGCAAACCGAGGUCAAGGCUCUGUCGGCCGAAGAAAAGAGAAAGGCGAUACCUCAACUCGGGCGUGCCCCAGAUGGGUCAUGGGCACGGAGGCGGUCGCAGCAAUCGGAAACCAUUUCCCAAAAAACGCCUCGAGGCUGGACGGUACAACAUACUGCUGCGUCGGGGUCAAGGAACAGCCCCUCCGCCCGAGAAAGACCUGCAGGGCCAGCUGAUCCUCAACAUGAGGAGAGUCGAACACCACAACGAGACCCGAAGUGCCUACGACGUCGAGGAAGUGGUCGACCCCGAGAUCAACGACUGCUUCUGCGAGUACAGUUCCCAGCUUAAAUGUCUGGGUGAACGGAUCACCAAAAUCCCCAGCAGAAUCGUGGGAAAUGUCACCUGGUUCAUCGUCAGGAUGAGUUCGGUCCAGAAUCUCGACGUCGAAGUGAUGGCUCAGUACCCAAGUCUCAGAAUAAUGUCAUUAGAGGAAAAUCACCUGACCUCCAUCCCUCGAGGCGUCUUCUCUCAUCAAAAUGUACUGAAACACCUAUACAUGUCCAAAAACAACAUAAGAAAUCUCUACAAGGACAGCUGUCAAGGCCUACGAAGUUUAUUGACAUUUUUCCUUGACAAAAACAGUUUGGAGGUUGUAGAACUGUCCUGUUUCGCUCACACGCCUGCCCUCAUUACACUAAACCUGGCUUACAACAGUCUAUCUCUCCAGCACCAGAGCUUCCCUCCGCUGCCUAACCUGCACCACGUGUUCCUUCACGACAACAAAAUAACAAAUAUCGACAACUUGUUCACCAACAUAACGUCAAUAACAACUUUACAGCUAAACAACAAUAGAAUCCGUACGAUUCACUGCCAGGCCUUCAGUACUCUCAAACAUCUGCGGUCCGUGGAUUUGUCAGGGAACCCACUGACGGCGGUGCAGGAUAUUUUCACGGGUCUGAAGGCUCUGCGCGUCCUGAACCUGAUGGACCUCGAACUCAAAGACAUCGACGAGCGACACUUCUCAGAAAUGGACGAGCUGAAAUUAGCGUAUUUUAAAAGCUUCCGCUACUGCAGCUACGUGCCGCGUGUCCUUCAGUGUCUUCCCAGUACAGACGGCGUCUCGAACGGGCGUGACAUGAUGGGCUGGGUCGUCCUCCGCGCGGCCGUGUGGGUCGUCGCUGCCCUCACCCUCGCCGGGAACCUGGCUGUGAUUGGCUGCCGCGCCAUCUCGAAGGAGGACAACAAGAUACUGAAGCUCUUUAUAAAAAAUCUGGCGGCCGCCGACCUGCUGAUGGGCGUUUACCUCUUGAUCCUGGGCGUGAAGGACCUCAAGACACGGGGUUCCUACAGGGCGGAGGCGCUGGCUUGGGCGUCCUCUUUCACCUGUACUUUCACUGGAAUGCUUGGACUCGUGUCGUCUGAGACCUCAGUGUUCAUCCUCACCUUUAUGUCUCUGGAGCGUUAUUUGUUCAUCAGGCAGCCUCUCGAAGCCCGCACGCUGUCGGAGAGAUCGGCCCGAGUCUGUCUGUUCUUCAUCUGGCUGACGUCCAUCUUCCUGGCUGUUUUCCCCGCAAUCUGGAUCAAAAGUUUCUACGAGAGCGGCGCCAUGUGUAUCCCUCUUCACGUGACCGAACCUUAUCUUGCAGGAUGGCAAUAUUCAGCUUUCAUCUUCUUGGGCAUCAACACGCUCAGCAUGGCCGUGAUCCUGGGCGCCUAUGCUGGCCUCUUCUUCAACAUCAUGGUGACCCGGAAGUCGACGCCUCUCUCGGGCGGGGAGUCGAAGUUCGCUCUUCGCUUCUUCUUCAUCGUCAUCACCAACUGCGUGUGCUGGCUCCCCAUUGCGUGCGUCAAGGCGGCUGCGCUGGCUAACAUCGAGGUCCAUUCUGGAGUGUACGCCUGGCUCGUGGUCCUCGUCCUGCCCAUCAACUCGGCCAUAAAUCCGAUUCUGUACACGUUCUCGACGUCGAAGUUCCAGAGUCAACUGUCGGCUGUACUCAUCGUCUUCCGCACAGCCCGUAACAGGCAAGAUUCGGCAACAGACACGGACGUCCUUCGGUACUCCUCGAGCCGCAGCUGGGGUAGCGCGGCGCAGUACAUCGUCAACCACGCCCACCUGCCUCCGCCGCACGCCCACAACGGCUCGCAGAACGGUCCUGUGACCCUUCCUCGCGAGAAGGCGGACCGCCGCGCUUCCGUCAACGGGUUUUGCAAGAAGAGGUCGAUACGCGACAGCAGCUACGUUUUCAAGGAUCCUACGGCCAAAGACGCUUCCUCCUCCAACGGAAAAGUGUCUCCCGAGAAGGACUUGAGCCCUGGCCGGUACCUCACUCUCAGAGCGAGAGUGAGUCAGGUGAGGCCCUCGUCUGCGGCAGAGAGGGCCGGCGAGAUCAUCAGCACAAGUCCCGGCUCUAGAGGUCGCCUGCCCCUCUUAAAGUUAGAACUUGGAGGAGGGCUAACUCUCCCAAGUCCCGAGGCCGACCGCCGAGACGCGAAGGGCGAACACACCUCGUCAGAUGGUCAAGAAUACAAAGAUACUCGUCUCGCGACCCACCUCCUCAGCCACGGAAACCCACAACCCAAGGAGCUUACCUCGCCCUCGAAAUCUCAGAGUCAACACCCAUUUACAUCGGCUACUGCGCCACCUCGUCCUCAGAUAAACAAACCGCCGACGUCCUGCGUUUAAAUAUGACACUUUGCUACAACUCGGACUCCACGAAGUCUCCACAUCGCACGGGUCCUUCGGGAGUCACACGCAACUCGGACUCGAAGUAUUCCCUUCCACCGUCAAGUGUAAGGACUUCGAGUGCCACUCACACAGUACCAGGGACUGAUUAAACACCAUGUCAUUCUCCUCUACCUACUGUGACGUCCUUCGCGCCCCUUCCAAGGCGUUCAUCCAACUCGACAAUUUCUUCUUCAGUUUCCACGUCCUGUGAUUGGCUUUCAGACACGCUUUGUAAAGUGGUUGUGUUCGCCCUCUCCAGCUUAUGGAUUUCUGUUGAUGUCUGUAUUUAUGUGUAUGUGUUUAAGUAUGUUUUAUGUUUGUGUGAAAUCCUUGUUGAGCGAGGCUGCAUUCUUGUGUGUGUGUGUGUGUGUGUG